AUUGGUGGUUUUGGGCUCUCCCAAGAGAGGAAGAGAUACAGAGAGAGAGAGAGGAAGAGAUCUCUAGGAGGAUCUACGAUUAACAAUCGUCGUUGCGGACAAACCAAAGAAUCAGCCGGAGCUGGCGAUAUGGGCGGAUCCAGAGAUUUCGGAGCUGAUGAACAUUCCUCCUCACACGUAGUCCACUCCGUCAUCGCCAUAGCCAUCUGGCUUGGCGCCAUUCACUUGAACGUCGCUAUUGUUCUCUUCUCCCUCAUUUUCCUUCCUCCUUCUCUAUCGCUCCUGGUCUUUUGUCUGCUCUUUCUGUUUAUCUUCAUCCCAAUCCCCGAUCGUAACGAAUACGGUCGUAAGCUCGCUAGGUACAUAUGUAAGCACGCUUGUGGUUAUUUCCCCGUUACUCUUCAUGUCGAGGAUUACGAAGCUUUCCAGCCUAAUCGUGCCUAUGUUUUUGGUUAUGAACCACAUUCGGUGUGGCCGAUUGGAGCUGUUGCACUUGCUGAUCUUACAGGAUUCAUGCCUCUUCCUAACAUCAAAGUUCUUGCAAGCUCUGCUGUUUUCUAUACACCGUUUCUAAGGCACAUAUGGACAUGGUUAGGGCUAGCUCCUGCUUCUAGGAAGAAUUUCUCUUCCCUUUUGGAGUCUGGCUAUAGUUGUAUCCUCGUUCCCGGUGGUGUGCAGGAGACCUUUCACAUGCAACACGAUGUUGAGAACCUCUUCCUUUCAUCGAGAAGAGGAUUUGUGCGCAUAGCCAUGGAACACGGGACACCUCUAGUUCCAGUUUUCUGCUUUGGUCAGGCACACGUGUACAAAUGGUGGAAACCAGAUUGGAACCUAUACCUUAAAUUAUCGAGAGCGAUCAGGUUUACACCGAUCUGCUUCUGGGGAGUUUUUGGAUCCCCAUUACCAUAUCGACACCCUAUGCACGUCGUGGUUGGUAAACCCAUAGAAGUUGCAAAAAAUCUGCAGCCAACUAAUGAAGAGAUUGCUAAGGUACAUAGCCAGUUUGUGGAAGCGCUUAAGGAUAUGUUUGAGAGGCACAAGGCUCGAGCAGGCUAUCCUGAUCUAAAGAUGAACAUUCUUUGA